UUGAUGGUCUACAAAUGAAGCCGGGGGAUUUUGCUAGUCGCAGCUCAAUCGCCCGCACUACAAAGUUACUCCUACACUGCAGCCCCAAGCGUCACCCGACACGCCGCGCUCCCUCACCAACAUUUUUCCCCUUGUAUUAUUGUUUGCGUUUCCUGUUUCCAAUUCAGCACGCCCUCGCCGCAGUUUGCUGAGUUGUGUUUUCCCCGGGCCUGGCUCGAUGGAAAACGACCGCACCAAUGGUCGGCCAUGGAGACCUCUACCCUAAUACAGAGCUUCCGAGCUUCUUCUGGAGGUCCGCUUCGUACCAGACAAUCCUCGCGGUCUCGACCUUCUCGCGACUCUUCCUCUACGGCUUGAACAAGACCGAAGUCCAUGGCCUGCCGCGCUUCCUCGACCUGCUGAAGUCCCGUUCCGACUACAAGACACGCCGAAAAGGUCUCUUGACUGUGUCAAACCACAUUUCAGUGUUGGAUGAUCCUUUGAUAUGGGGCGUUCUUCCGCUUUCGUUCGCUGCCUUUCACGGCUACAUGAACCAUAGAUGGGGGUUUGGCAGCCAUGACAUUUGCUUCCAGAACAGUCUUCUGUCACAUUUCUUCACUCUUGGCCAAGUUCUCCCUACACAUCGAACGGCGCAUUCACCAUACGGGGGGCCUUUUCAGGCCACCAUGACCGAAGGCGUGCGGCUGCUCUCCAAGAUCUCCACGAGCAAACCCUCGCUUUGUCCGCACAACAACCCAAGGUUGCACCAGAGUUACCAUACACCGAGCUGGCCGCGAGAUUGUGUCGACCCCUUCUCUGAUCUCGCUCCGAGUCCGUCCUAUCCCUCGCAACCGAGCGAUGAACGAUGGUACCACGCCCCGUCGAGGUACGCGUGCAACGCCUACAGUUGGCUUCACAUUUUCCCAGAGGGAAUGAUCCACCAGGCUGAGAACCAGACAAUGCGAUAUUUCAAAUGGGGCGUUGCCCGCCUGAUUCUGGAGCCGCCGGAAUGUCCAGACGUGGUACCCAUGUUCAUCGAAGGUACCGAUCAUGUGAUGCAUGAGAGUCGCAAGUUCCCACGGUUCUUGCCGCGGAUAGGGAAGAAGAUCACAGUCACGUUUGGCGAAGAAAUGGAUGUGGAGGCUGUCUUUGGCGACUUGCGAAAAAGAUGGCGUGAGCUAGCGGACCGCGACGCCAAAGAAAGAGGGCACUCGGGCUGGGAUGAGCUCAUGCUAGGAAUCGUUCCCGAAAGCCUCGCCAAUCAUCCGGAAGCGAUUGAGCUGAGAAAGGAGUGCACCAAGCGUGUCAGAGAAGCAGUGCUCCAAGUCCGCCGUUCCCGUGGUCUUCCAGAUGAAGAUCCCAAGUCUGGCAUGGUUGAAACCUGGGUGAGAGAAGGACCGAAGCGCGAAGGGCGUAUGGACGAUGGGACAUGGGUCAAAGACGCGUAGAUGCUGCUAUCGACGAGCAUCUGCUACAGGGUUGAAUGCCAGAGGCUCCCGUUGUUGCUGAAGCUGCUUCAAGCGAUUCCAAUACAGCUGAAUAAGAAUUGAUCAUCCUCAUAGUAUCCGAAAGACGGGCAUUCCUCGACCUGGGUAUCUAUUUGGACCGGAUUCAAAAGGGGGCGCCAUCGCUAAUCACUGCGUCCAGGGCCAAACUCAAACACAACCAACCAUAGCCAGCCUCAUCCCAUGCGUGUGAACACCUUUCUCCCAUCCACCCACCGGAGUAACCAGAUUUCCUAUCCGCGAUCACCAAAAAAUUCCAUGCUGUGCCAACUGUCCAUGGAGACUCAUGAUUCCACCGCGACUUGCUGCGAAGCUGGCAUGGCGGUAGGGUCUUCGCCCGGACUUGUCUCUGCCCACGAACCCCACAGUCCUCGCUUCGCUCUGAUGCGCAAGGGCAAUCCAAUUGCUUUGUCUCCCUGUUCAACCUUGAUCGCAUCUUUGGUUGCUAGAACAAGAACUUCAAAGAACAUCUUGGUUGCGUCUUCUUUGCUUGUCCGGCCUUCCGGAACAAGUUCUUGUAGUAGGACGGAUUUCUUCGCAGGUGAUGAUGGAUGGCUACCACCGGCAUCUCCUAGUCGCUCGCGUAACACGUGGACAGCAUGUUUCGUGCCCAGUGAGACCGGACCGCUGUCUGCGGGAUGGACCAGAGGCAUCGUCGUGUCGUCAAAGGUGUCAUCUCCUCCACCAAAGAUACCUUCUUCAUCUUCCCCGGGCACGAUAUCCUCCAACGCCGGCCCACCUUCGCUCAUAAGAGGUUGUGCGCUAUCGUCACCGGAAAUACCGGCUGUAAUUCCUUGACUGGGUUCCUCGAUAUGCACCCCUUCAUCUUCCAUGUCAUCAUCUGCUCGUUCCAACCGUGGCGACUUUUCAAGGUGCUCAUCUUCACUAAGCCCGCCCACGCCGCUGUCUCGUUUUCGUUUCAAUUGGCCUGACUUUGUAACUGUUUCGAACGAAAGUAGGCCUUGCAAUUCUGGAGCCCAAUUUCUCGAACGGCCGUCGUUCAUGGCGUCAAGGACAAAUUCACCAUUCUUUUGCAUGCUCAAAAGGUUGAGAAGCAGUGGAUCUCGUGGGAGGAACGAGGGUGCUUUGAGAAUCUUGGUUCUAUCCUCCGCCUGGGCUUUGAUCUGUUUGUUGUGAAGGACGGUCUCGACGUCAGGAGCGAGUGGCUUCUGCUUCCGGCUUUUCUGAUGCACAACAACUUCUUCGACCUCCUCAGCUUCUAUGUUUUGGAAUGUUCGGUCGAGUUCUCGCAAUACUUCUGAUCCCGCUUCUGACAAAGGAGAUUCAGACUCGCGUACACGUUGUUCGUCCGCCACGGCUUGCCGUAGCUGCAGGGUCUCGUCAUCGCCGAAUGCAAGUGGCUCAUCCUCGGCUAUGGAAGGAACAGCCUCGUCAUCUCUCGCAGGCAGGUCAGGCUCGUCCAUCAUUGGGACAUCCUCGCCCAGGUCGAGGUGGAGAUCAUCAUCGUCAUGGAGAAGGCCUUCUUCGCCAAAAACUUCCUCGGCGCCGUGUUUGGGAGAAGGCGCAUUUCGACCAACGUUGAUACUCACUGUCGUAUCGUCCAUUCCUAUCUCGUCACGGCCAAAGUCGAGAUUCAGGUCGUCAUCAUCGUUGUACAAAGGCUCCUCUCCCGGAAGCAGCAUCGACUGUGUACUGCUUUGCUGAGGAUUGAGGGAACUCGUCCAAUCUUCAUCUGCUUCUUGCGUCUCAGCUCCUGUGAUGGCCGGCUGUUGCGUCAUGGGAUACACGAAAUCCAUAUUGGAAAACAGGUCGUCUAUGGUGAGCAAUUCAGGCAGAUUAAGGUCGACGGCGGUGGUGGCAUUAGGAGGCAGGUCGUGGUUGUUGGUUGAUUUGAAUGUCUUUUAGAUGGUCAGUCAGCACGCGUGAUGCGUCAAUCAAAGGGCAAGCGUACCAUUCUGAUCUUGAUGAGGGCCUCAUUGCAGUCAUCCAGUAAGUAUCGUGCUUUCCGCCCGUAGAUUCGCACCACGCCCAACAUCAGUUGGCUGGUGAGACGAAGGGCCAUCGGUUCAUGGCCCUGCUCAACGAUUGCAACGACACUGCUUUGGAUGUCCGACUGCAGAAUCUGCGACUUUGAGAGCUUGCGCUCAACGUUCGACGCGAGCCAGACGCGAGCCAGAGGCCCGGUGGUCGCAAGAAGUUUGGGCGAGUAGAACAUCGUGCACUUGGAGAGAGUCACGCGUCAGCGGUGGAUCGAAGAAGAGGUCACGCUGGCAUGAGUCUGAGGAUAUGCGACGACGUGGAAAGCGGGAAGUUCAGAGGUCGAUUGUUUUGCGACGCGUCGAGUAGUAGUAGAGCUGCCGCGGUGUCAAAAACGAGCCAGUCGCAACAACAGUGUCCGAACGCAAAUGUAGAAAAGAUGAUGGCCGUCUCCCAAUCCCAAAAAGCGAUGAACGAGAAAGAUGAG